AUGGUAUUUAAGCAGCUAGGUUUACUGUUUCAUUGUUCUCUGGUCAUUUUCUCCUGCAGCCGCAGCUUCGAGCUUUUCGACCUUUUGACCUUGAAGAUGGAGUACGACUACAGAGAGUGCCGGUUUAUGUUCGACGCAUUUGGUGAGAGCAAUGGUAGUUGUACCGAGCAAAGAAGAAACAUAUUUCUUGAAACGUUGGUCCACAAUGAGAAAGAAGCUUAUGAAGUAUAUUGUGCUUACGCUCAUCAAAUUGGAUUCAGUGUUCAUAAGGAUCACGCUACGUUUUGGACUAACUCCAAAAAUAUCAAGACGAAUAACUUUGUAUGUGGAAAAACAGGUUUUAAGAAAAAGCUCAAGAUUACAGAAACUGUUAAAUAUAGAAAAGCAGAAACAAGAACAGGUUGUUCUGCAAUGAUUCGAUACGGAGUUGAUGAGGAAGGCAAUUGGACAGUUAAAAAAUUAAUUGAAUUGCAUAACCACUCACUAGCGAACCCCGGUGACAAGCACUUGUUGUGUUCCAACAGAAAGAUAAGUGAAGUAAAUGCAGAUGUGCUUAGAUCCAUGACACAAUCUGAGAUGAGACCAAAAGACGUUUUUAACUUCCUAGCCCAAGAAGUUGAGGGUGUAGAGAACCUGGAAUGCACAAAGACAGAUGCUUUCAAUUUCAUUCAGAGGGAGAGGAGAUGUAGAAUUGAAAAUGAUGAUGAGAAUACUGAUGAGUUUUUUUGGAGCGACGGGACAUCCAGGCUUGAUUAUGACUGCUUUGGAGAUGUGAUUAUAUUUGAUAUGAGUUAUAGGUUGAAUAAAUAUAACUUAUGUUGUGCUCCUAUUAUUAGUGUUAACCACAAUUGUCAGAAUGUUUUAUUUGGAGUCGGAUUCUUGUCAGAGGAGACGACAGACUCGUUCAAAUGGCUUUUUAAAACCUUCAUCUGCAUCAUGGGUGAUAAUCAUCCAAUAACAAUCUACACUGAUCAGGAUCAGGCCAUGGCUACAGCAAUAUCAGAAAUUUUGCCAAAUACAAGACAUAGAUUAUGUCAGUGGCACAUAUACAAGAAAUUGCCAACAAAGAUUCAUUGCGGCGUGCGAAAUAGGAUUGUCAGUAAUCUUUUUUAUAAAUGCUUGAGCAAAUGCGAGUCUGAAGAGGAACUUGAUGAUACAUAUAGGAUGAUGAUUGAGAUAGGUAAUCUCCAGGACAAUAUUUGGUUAGAUGAUAUGUACAAGAUUAGACAAAAGUGGUCUACAGCUUUUAAUGAGGAUGUAUUUGGAAUGAGAAUUUUAUCGGCACAGAGGAGCGAGUCAACUAAUAACAUAUGUCAUGGUGUCUCAAAACCAACUAGUUCUAUUACAGAUUGUUUCUUGGGCAUCGAAAAUGUAAUGAGAACAUGGAAGCGAAAUGAAAAAGACGAGGAUUUCAAAUGUGAUCAAUAUAUGAUUACUCUUGUCGCGAAGAGCAGUCCAAUACUGAGGCAGGCGGCUGCAUUUUACUCAAGGAAGUUGUACACAAUGUUUGAGGAAGAGUUUAUACACGAGUCAUGUGAUGACCACAUGUUCAACACUACUUGGGUUGUUCACUUCGACAGUUCGAGUUUGGAUAGAAAAUGCAGCUACAGGAAGUUCGAAAUGAUGGGGAUGCUAUGUUCACACGCUCUUAGAGUCCUAAACUUUCUACAUAUUAAGAAGAUACAUGUUAAAUAUUUAUUAUUGAGAUGGUCUGAAAAUGCAAAAAAAUAUGUGUAUAACAGUUCUGGGUACAUGCAUCUGCAACAAUCACAAUUCUCGCAUGAUAUUAAAGGCGACCUAAUUUUCCAAGCACACAUGCAGAAAGCAGCUUAUCAGUGCACCCAAAAAGCAAAGGGCAAUCCAGAAGUUGAGCAGCGCAUGAGGGAGUCAAUGAAGAAACUGUCAUUGGAUAUUGAUGACAUACUAGUUGGUAAAAAUUCUAGAGAUAGGAGCGAAUAA